AUGGCGCAAUUCCGAACCUCCCUUCUUGCCCCUACAUCCAUCAACCAUUCCGAAUCGACACAGACAAUCAACGCCCGUCGUUACUACAUCCCCUCCGAACCCCCCUCCUACCUCUCGCCAGCCGUUCGAGCUCUCAAGGGGAGUUUGUGUGUACUAACACCACCCAGCAACGCGCGCACCAAGGGCCCAUUCAAACCCCGUUCUGCGACCAGGGGCACGAGCAGUUACCAGCUUAGGCGAUUUGCUGAGGAGACGCUGGGAAGUGGGAGUUUGCGGAAAGCAGUCAAGUUGCCGGAGGGGGAGGAUGUGAAUGAGUGGCUGGCCGUGAAUGUGGUCGACUUUUAUAACCAGAUAAACCUGCUUUAUGGCUCGAUUACAGAGUUCUGUUCGCCGCAAUCCUGUCCCGAGAUGAAAGCUACAGAUGAAUUCGAAUACCUCUGGCAGGACUCCGAAACAUACAAACGGCCAACCAAAAUGUCUGCUCCGGAGUAUAUCGAACACCUGAUGGCCUGGGUGCAAGGAAACAUUGACAACGAGCAGAUGUUUCCCAGCCGAACUGGUGUCCCAUUCCCGAAAGCAUUCCCCUCGCUGAUUAGACAAAUGUUCAAACGCCUGUAUCGUGUCUACGCACAUAUUUACUGUCAUCAUUACAACGUGGUACUAAACCUCGGCCUCGAGCCGCAUCUCAACACCAGCUUCAAACACUAUGUUCUCUUCAUCGAUGAACACAAUCUCUCGAGUGGUAAGGAUUUCUGGGGUCCGUUGGGCGAUUUGGUGGAGAGUAUGUUGCGGAGUGAUUAA